AUGGAUGUACAUCUUCUGGAGGAAGAAAUUCCCGUGGAGUCGGUGCGAUGGUUUUAUGGUCGGGGCAGUGCACACGCGAACACGUGGAAAGCGUUCUGUGGUGCUGAUUCAAUCAAUAUCGAGAACGGAUUCCGAGCUAUGCGACACAAUAGGGACGCUUCUUUCGACGGCAAAGUGGUUGUUCGUGCUGGUCUAUUUGAGGUCGACCUGCAUACUAAUUUGUGUAAUCCAAUAUUUUGGCCCGGAGAGAAACGUUCUCAGCACUCGGGUAAGAGAGAUUGGUGUACAACUCCUAUCCAACGUGGUCUGUGGUUCAACAAGAUCAACUGGGUCCCGCUCGAUUUCACGUUAGCUUCACUCAUUGAACAGGAGCAUGUCAGAAUUAUGAUUCCCAAGUUGCGGGAAUUGCAAAACUCAAAAAAAUCAAAAAGAACCAUACACAAAAUGAACCACGAAGGACACAGCGUCAACUGGACAGCAAACGGCGAAGUCUUCCUGGUAACCAGAUUAGCCCAGCCAUUCGCGCACGUCAAACUGCAAGGAGAUUUAAGCAGUGUCCCAAUCGCGCGCGGAUUCCACCGUAUUGCGAGCCCAACGGAUUGCAAACCACCAGUCACACAAUUGGUCUUUGUCGUCCACGGCAUAGGACAACAGCUGGCCAGUAUACGCCAUGAAUGUUCCAAAUUUCGAAAAACCUGUUUGAAAGUAAUCAAGAAACGCUAUCCUAAACUCAGCAGUGCUGAACAACGAAUCGAGUUUAUCCCGGUGGAUUGGCGUAGCCCGCUGAACUUAAACUGUUCCACUUUGGAAAACAUAACCAUCGGUCAAAUGCGACCGUUGCGUAUGUAUAUUAACAACUGCUUUAUCGAUGUGCUCUACUACACGAGCACAGUGUAUCGAGUGGAGAUCAUGCGAAGUCUCAGCUGGGAACUUACGCGGUUGUUCAAUCUAUUUCUACGGCAUAAUCCGCACUUUCUGCAAAAAGGUGGACAAGUGUCGGUUUUGGCUCAUUCGCUUGGCACGGUUAUCAUGCACGACAUUCUUCGAACAACAGAUACACCAGUUCGAUUAGUUGACCCGGAUUCGCUCAAUGCAAGUAGUGAGGAUUGA